CUUUGAGGCUGAAGCGGGGAGGAACCUUUCGGGCGGCGCCAUUUUCUUUUCCCUGCCGAGGUGGGACGGGCGGACCUGUGACCGGUGAGUUGAAGAGGAGCAGCGGGAGAGGGGUUGCGGGCAGAGCGGAGGGACGGGGAAGCAGGUGGGCGGGGAGAAAGGGGUUUCCCUCUAAACCGGCGGCAAGAGGAAGCGGGCGGGACACCGAGAAGCUGCCCAAGGUGGCUGGUAGGCAACGAUAGAAUUGCAGUGGAAGGAGUCAGGGGCUAGUUGCCAUCCCAUCCCGGGAUGGGAGCACUUCAGACGUGUCAGAUCUGCUGCUUUUUCUUCUUCUUGUUGCUAGAGCUCCCAAGAUUUACCAGCCGAAGCCCAGGCGCAAAAGGCAAACGUGUAGCAUUAAAGCAGAGGACGCACCUUGAGCAGCAGAGGCGUUUUCCGCUGCUGGAACUGAACUCGGUUCACAGUCCUUUCACACGCUCCAGGUGAGCCUCCAGGGAAGUGGGGAUCCUCCGGUCCUCAAGGACGUCCAGGUUUGUCCAUGGGGCCAUUCCGCCCCCCCCAUCAUGCACACCUUGCUGAUCAGCUGAUAUCACUGCUGGCAUCAGGCGAUGGGCGAGGGAACAGGGUCAAUACAGAAAGCAGGAUUUCAUUCCCCAUGAGUGGGUGGAGGUGGGGAGCCAAAGCAGCUCACAUGCUUCUUCCAGCAUGUAGUGCAUAACUGUCAACCUUCCCUUUUUUUGGCAGGAAAUUCCCUUAUUCCAGCGCCAUUUCCCGCUGCUAUCCCAGAUUGUUAGAUAUCCCGUAGACUGUCCCCAGGACAGGUGAGGCGGCUGAGCCCUUAUUUUCAAGGCUGCUGAUCCCUUAUUUUCAAAUCUGAAAGUUGACAGCUAUGAUGUAGUGUGCGUGAGGUGUUUCAAACAACGCGUUUGAGAAGCGAUGUAGGGCAGCCUCCACACUUUCCUUACAGCAAGAAAUGGGAGCGUGGGGGUUGCCUUGCUUCUCAAAAGUGUUGUUUGAAUCAACCGCAUCCAAAUUCCCAAGACUAGGAAUUUCAGCAGCGUGAGAGGUUUGCAGCUAUGUGAAUUUAUUUCAGAGUUUACUUUCUACAACAUGCAGGUGGUAGAGGGCUUCCCUAGCCUCCCUGUGAGAUAACAGGGACAGGGCUUUAUCGGUGGUGGUCCUACACUUUAGAACUACAUCCCCAAGGUGCAGUCCCUCACUGCUGGUGGUCUUUAAAAUAAAUAUUUCUUCUGGGGUUUUUUUUUUUUGUCUGGUUUGCUGAAUUGUGCUGUACAGUACUUGAAAAAAAUUAUUUAGAUGCUGCUGCGUUUUUGUUAUUUUAUUUCAUGCAUUUAGAGUAAUGUAAGCCACUUUGUGCCCUGAAAACGGGGUUAAGAAUAGUUUAAUUGACGAGAGCAAUCAGUAACAAAGUGUGAUCUUUGGUACUGGGAGAGACGGGUUUCAGCCGAGUGACUAUUUUCAUCUGUUAAUCCUUUUUUGGGGGUGUGGUGGGGAUUAUAUUAUACUCCUGUGUCUCUUCACAUGAAUCUGAGAUCUCCUGGAGAUUUCAUGAUAUUUUUUUCUCACAAAAUCUCCAGGAACUUGGACGGCCUGCAAGAGCCUCCUGGAGACCAGGAAGCAAGGCGGAGAGCUUAAAAUUAAGCUCUGUCUUGCUUCACAGUCAAGAUUGCUCAUAUGAAGGUGGUUCAAGUAUCGGAGUUUUUGCAUAUGAGGUGCUACCCCAAGAAUGUAAUCCCUGCUCAGUGUACUACUGUGGGUUCGGCAUAGCACAGUAGAUGGGGUUGGCAUAUCAGUGUGAAGGCUUUGUUUGAGCUCUUCUCUGAUACUUAGUUUUUGAUGUGGGACAUUCAAAUAUGAGUCCCCAGCUGAUGACGGGGGCUGCAUACACAUCAUUCAUUUAAAGUCUACACACCCCUCACAGAAUCUUCUGUCCAAAUAAUUUUUAUUGGUUUCCAUGUAAAUACAAGAAUAUAUAACUACAGUAACUUGUCCUGUGGUACAUUCUUAUUAAGUUUUGUAUGCAAUACACAGCACAAGCAAUAUGUUUGUUUAUGCAUUAUCAAUUCAAGUCUCUGCUCCACAGAGAUUGUGUUGUUGUUGGAAUAAAAGUACAGUAUAUUCUGUCCACCCCUCACAGAAUCUUGAGGACCGUAGUUUACCCCUCAUAGAGCUACAAGUGUCAAUAUUUUAUUUUAUUAUUAUUUUUUUGCAGGCAAGGAAUAAGCUUUAAAUGUAUGGUAUGUACCUAGCCUCAAAUGGUACAACCCUUACUGGCUUAUCAGUAGUAAGUGUUGCCUCAUUUGGAUUUUCCAUUAACUGAAGAGAAUCAAGGGAAGGGAAGAGUGCCUUUGUGGGAAUCAAAAGAUGCACCAGUCUGUCCUCUACUUACACAUUAUCAAAAAUCAAGAGAAAGACCCCUGCAGCCUCUGACACAAGGAUGAUUGCCAAAAAUCCUAUGAGAUAGGUGUACACAUUGAUGUCUCAAGCUAGAAGUCAGCUUCUCUAAUUCAUCAUAGCCAUGGGUUCUAGCUGCUAACUGUAAAUAAUAUUGACCUCUUGUAUUUGAUUGAAUAAUAUUCAAGUAAUCAAUGUUAACCUCCUUUGCUGUUAAAGGUAUGUUUCUGACCAUAGCACGGCUUCGAAACCGCAUUCCUGGGAGUCAGUGGAUUGGUAAACACAGACGGCCGAGGUUCGUUACAGAGAUAAUGAAACAGGGUAUCAUCAAGAGGCUGGAAAGGGAAGCUGAAAAUGAAUAUUGGCUGAGCCGGCCAUACAUGACAAAAGACCAGGAGUAUCGCCACAAUGCAGAACGUAGACGUUUAUGGCGGGAAAGAGCAAUAGCUGCAGAAAAAGCUAAGUUUCCAGAGCAUAAGUAUGCUACAGAACAUCUGGGUCACCUUAAUGUGACCAAGAAAUGGACAGAAGCUUGAAAAACUUAAGUUGGCGUUCAGCUGGACUGCUUGCAAUUGCUGACAGUGGCAACCACCAGUUAUGUAAGAAGGCCUGUAAAUAAAUGUAUUACUCUUCAGCUCU